AUGGAUUUACGGAACCAUCGAACUUCGACGAAUUCAUAUUUUAAUAAUAAAUAUAUUCGUCAACAUUUAAUAACAAAUGGAUUAAUUAAUCCUCAUGGUGGUAUUUUAUCGCCUAGAUCCUAUGAAGUUGUACUUGGUGGACGAAAAAAACCAAAAUAUACGAAAAGAAGAUCAAUAAAUAGUAUUUGCAAUUAUGUAAUUGAAGAUGAACAAAAACAUCAUAUAUUUAUUCGAAAUGUAUUCAAUCCUGAUCAACAUUCAAGAAAUAGAAAUAGUCGUACAUUUAUUUCAGUUAGCAGUUUAAGUCCAAAACGUUCACCACUACGAGCUAAAUCAGCUCAUCACUCGCCGAUAAAUGAAAAAAACCAAUUAGAUCGUCGUUCAUCUAUACAACUAUUUGAUGAUGAUAAUUGUAAAGUGACUAUGAUCUAUUAUGGACCAGAGUUAAAUCAUAAUCAUCACAAAAAUUCAUAUCUGUCUGAUGGUGAUGAAAUUGUUGUAAUACAGCAAUAUUCUGAUGAUGAAAAUUUUAUGGUUUACAAAGGUUGUGUUGAACCGAAUGAAACAUUCACAUUUGAAUCUCAUUGUCAUCCUAACCAUACAUUUACUAUAACAUUAUACAUUAAUAAUUUUAUGGAUAGUCAAAUAUCUGUCUGUUGUGAAUAUAAAUAUGAACAUAAUGCUCGAUUAGACUCUAAACAUAGUUUAUUUGGUAUAUAUGAUGUACAAGAAGGCAAACCUUGUCAAAUAUGCCAAUUUCAAAAACAAAAAAAGACAUUAUUAACAACUCCUUCAAAUUCAUCGAUGAAAGAAAAAAAAGAAUCUUCUAAAUAUGAACAGAAUCAUAUUUCUGUAAUAACAGAUCGAUAUCAAAACAAUCAUACAAUUGUAUCAUUCGAUGAUAAAUCCUAUGAAUCAGAUCAACAAUCUGUUGAUGAAAGAAAGAAUACUUAUGAAAACGUAUCUAGAAAUUCAUCGAAUAGUUCGCAAGAUUCUCGUCCAUCAUCACCAUUGAUUUCAUUGCAACAUGAAGAUACUCAUCAUUCAUCAGAUGAUUCCUCUGAAGUUGAAGAAAAUCAUCAUUUUUUAACAUCUUCAUCAACUAUUCCUUCUUCACAAAUUACUAUAGCUAAAAAUCAAGUUGAUCAAUCAUCAAAUACUUUAGAAGCAUCAAAUUCUACGUCAAUUCCUAUUUUUAGCGAUGAAAAUGAUAGUAUUACUGUAAGACGACAUUCUUCGUCAUUAUCAUCAACUGUUUUCUCCAACGAAGAAGAUGAAUCUUAUUUAUCUAAACUAUCAAUUAAAAGAAUCAAUACUAAACAACAAACAUGGACACCAUCAUCAUCAUCUACGGAUUAUAAACAAAGAAAUAAUGCAAAAACUACCAUCAACAAUAUAAAUGAACCAGAGGACUUACAAAUGUUACGUCGUUCAAUUCAAACACAGCCUCAACAACCUAAAUCAUUCAAGCCGAGAUCGCUGACUACUCAAUCAAAUUUUCAUAAACGAAUCGAACAACAACCACAAAAAUUUAUUGAUGUGCUGAGUCAAGAUGAAUCAGUAUUUAGUGAUGAUGUGGAUCAACAAACAAAAAGGAGAGUUCAUUAUUCUUCGGAUGAAACUUAA